AUGUUCAAAGAAGACCCAACCAAGCCAGAUCCACCUCUUUUAUACUUUACCAAAGAGGACAUGCGCGGGGUGUUGCCGGGUCAUGUUGACGGACUGGUCAUUGCGGGGACCCUAGUGAACUGCCGGGUUAGGAAGAUUUUCGUGGAUGCAGGGAGUUGUGCCGACAUCAUACUCUGGGAUGCUUUUAAAAAGAUGAACCUGGAUAAAGAGGACCUCAAACCUUGCAAAACAACGCUGGUAGCCUUUAAUGGAGAGCAUACGCCUCCUAAAGGCUACAUUGAUCUCAGGUUAACCCUGGGAGUAAAAGAAGCGUUCAGAUCAGAACGGGUUAGGUUCAUAAUGGCCGACUUCCCUUCAGAAUAUAAUAUAAUCCUGGGAAGACCGACCAUACAUCAGUGGGACAUGUUGGUUUCUACAAAACACCAGAAGAUAAGAAUGGUGAGCAAUAAGAAUGAAAUAAUCAUUGUUUGUGGAGAUCAGAAGAAAUCCAGGGGCUGCUACUUUGAUACUAUCAAAGAAAAUGAAGGGGGACGUUCGAGCCCACCCCGAAUUCACUCGGGGGAUAAAACCGGUAGGAAUCUAAUUCCUCAGCAAUCUAAGAAGCCGGUCAACAUGGUUGAACUCGACAUGAGAGAAGAAAUAAUGCCGAGACCCGAACCUGAUGGAGAGCUUGAGGAUCUCACGCUGAGGAAAGAGCCUGGUCAGUUUACCCGCAUUGGUAAGGCCAUAGACCCCCAGAUUAAGCAAAUUUUGGCUGACUUUCUUAAAAGCAACACGGAUGUAUUUGCAUGGAAGUCGUCAGAGAUCCCUGGCAUCGACCCCGCAUUCUGUUGUCACAAAUUGGCAGCUUAUCCAGGGUCCAAGCCAGUUUCUCAGAAGAAAAGAAAACUGGGACCUGAAAGGAAACAAAUUCCACAAGAACACGUUAAAGAACUCUUAGAUGAUGGGUUCAUUCGGGAGAUACAAUACACGACAUGGCUAGCCAAUGUGGUGAUGGUGAAAAAACCAAAUGAGAAAUGGAGAAUCUGUACUGAUUACACAGAUUUAAACAAAGUCUGCCCAAAGGAUGCUUAUCCUAUGCCUAACAUAGAUCAGCUGGUAGAUAACUCGGCUGGAUUUCGUCUGUUGUCUUUCAUGGAUGCCUAUUCGGGAUACAACCAGAUCCCAAUGAUGAUGAAUAAGGUCUUCGAAGAUCAGCUGGGCAAAAAUGUAGAAGUAUACAUAGAUGAUAUGAUUGUGAAGUCAUUUGAUAUGAUGAAUCAUGUUCAGGAUCUUGAGCAAACGUUUCAAAAGCUCAGGAAGUAUCGCAUCCGCCUCAACCCGGUAAAGUGCGCGUUCGGGGUAGCAGCUGGAAAAUUUCUGGGUUUCAUGCUAACCCACAGAGGAAUUGAGGCAAACCCGGAUAAAUGCAAGGCGGUGCUUGACAUGAAAGCACCCCAAAGCAAAAAGGAGGUCCAACAGCUGACCGGACGAUUAGCUGCGCUAACCCGGUUUCUUCCAAAAUCGGCUGAAAAUGCCCUCCCAUUCUUUAAACUUUUAAAGAAAGAAGCAACUGACGGAUGGAACCCGGCAUGUGAAGCCGCGUUUGAAAAGAUAAAGAAAUGUUUAUCAACUCCACCGAUCCUCUCAAAGCCAAACACAGGAGAUGUUUUAAUUCUGUAUUUGGCAGUAGGGGAGGAAGCAAUAAGCGUUGUACUGAUCAAGGAAACUAACGAAGGCCAGGAGCCAAUUUACUUUGUCAGUAGAGCCUUACAAGGUGCAGAGGUCAGGUAUCAAAAGCUAGAGAAGGUGGCUUUUGCUUUACUGGUCACGGCUAGAAGGUUGCGGCCGUAUUUCCAAGGCCAUCAAAUCAUCGUCAGGACUAACCAGCCUAUUCGACAGGUGUUGCACAAACCGGACCUGGCAGGAAGAAUGACUAACUGGGCAAUAGAACUCAGUGAAUAUGACAUAACGUAUGAAAGCCGGAAAGCAAUCAAAGCACAAGCCUUAGCUGACUUCAUAAUGGAAUUGACACCACAGAACUCGGAACACGAGGAACACGGGGAUGCAUGGAAGGUCUACGUAGAUGGAUCUUCCAACAAUAGAGGAAGUGGGGCUGGAAUUAUAUUAGAAAGCCCAGAAGGAGUAACCAUAGAGCAUUCUCUGAACUUGGGAUUCCCAACUUCCAAUAAUCAAGCUGAAUACGAAGCUCUAAUAGCUGGUUUGAUCCAGGCUAAAGAACACGGAGCUAGGAAAGUGCAAAUGUUCAGCGACUCACAGCUGGUAAUCUCGCAGAUAGAAGGAAAGUACCAAGCCAAAGGUCCUUUACUGAUGAAGUACCUGAGUCGAGUUCAGGAAAUUAUGGCCGACUUUGAUGAGGUUCGGGUUGCUCACAUCCCACGAGGGGAGAAUAGCCGAGCUGACAUCUUGUCGAAGUUAGCCAGUACCAAAAAUCUGGGUAAUCACAGAACCGUGGUUCAGCAAAGUAUAACAACGCCGAGUUGCGUGAUGGUAGUAACCUCUGUAAACGACUGGAGGAAACCUCUGGUCGAUUAUCUGGAGAAAGGGAUACUGCCAGAGGAUCGCCUGGAAGCUAGGAAGCUGGUCCGAGAUGCGACACAAUAUGCAAUCGUGAAUGACCAGCUAUUCAGAAAGGGUUUGCAUAACCCCAUGCUAAAAUCCUUGAACUCGGAAGGAUCAGAGUAUGUCCUUGCCGAGAUCCAUGAAGGAAUAAACGGGCAUCACAUGGGUGGCAAAGCCUUGGCCAGAAAGGCCCUCAGAGCUGGUUAUUACUGGCCGACGAUGGGGGCAGAUUCUAAAGAACAUGUCAAGAAAUGUGAUAGCUGUCAGAAGCAUGGCAAGUUAAUCCUUUCACCACCGGAAGAACUGAAAUCCAUCUCGGCCCCUUGGCCCUUCUUCAAAUGGGGAAUGGAUUUGCUAGGACCUUUUAAAGCUGCUGAAGGACAACUCAAGUGGUUGAUCGUGGCUGUGGAUUACUUCACAAAAUUCGGAAUCCCAGCCGAGGUGGUUAUUGAUAACGGAACGCAGUUUGCUGAUAAGAAAUUCCAGCAGCUAAUGAAAGACCUACACAUCACACAUCGUUUCGCAUCUGUGGAACACCCACAAUCGAAUGGGCAAGCCGAAGCGGCCAACAAAGUGAUUGUGGAAGGUCUCAGAAAACGAAUGUUUGCUGCAAAAGAAAGCUGGGUUCACCAGCUAUACUUUGUCUUGUGGGGUUACAAAACUAGCACCCAAACUGCAACUGGAGAAACCCCUUACAGACUAACGUAUGGAUGUGAAGCCUUGAUUCCGGUAGAGAUUGGAGAACCCUCAUGGAGAAGACUGAAUAGUCUUGAACAAGGUGAACAACAGAACAAUAGAAUGCUUAUUGAAGAAUUAGACCUUGUGGAUGAAGUUAGGGUCAUUGCUCACUGCCAGAAUAUGAUGGCCAAACAACAGACUGCAGCAAAGUAUAAUAAGAAAGUGAGACCAAGGAAUUUUGAAAAGAAUGACUUGGUACUCAGGAGAGCAGAUAUUGGCAACAAGAAUGCCAGAGAUGGAAAGCUAGCUGCAAAUUGGGAAGGACCUUACCGAGUUAGAGAAAAACUCGGAAAAUGA